AUGAGUGCAGGCGGUGACGAUGCGAAUCCACCUGGAUUCAAGUAUAUUGGCCUAGGACUGGCAGUGGGGAGUGGGCUGUUUAUUGGGUCGUCGUUUGUCUUUAAAAAAAAAGGGUUGUUGGCUGCGCAGCGCAAGUACAACACGACACCCGGUGAAUCGCAUGCAUAUCUGAAGAGCGCAAUGUGGUGGACAGGCAUGAUCAUUAUGAUACUUGGAGAAGUGCUGAAUUUUGUGGCGUACAUGUUUGCCGAUGCUGUGCUGGUUACACCCAUGGGGGCCUUGUCUGUGGUGGUGUGUGCUAUCUUGUCAGCUAUCUUCUUGCACGAGCAUCUCACCCUGUUUGGCAAAGUGGGAUGCUUCCUCUGUGUGGUAGGCUCAGUCAUUAUUGCCAUUAAUGCUCCUGAACAAAACGUGAGCGGAAACAUUCGCAAGUACGAGCAUUUGUUUAUCGCGCCCGGCUUUCUUACGUGGCUCGGUAUAUGUGUGGUCGCCUCACUCAUUCUCAUGUUCAUCUUGGCACCCAAAUAUGGGAAAAAGAAUAUGCUCGUCUAUAUAACGGUCUGCAGUGUGAUUGGUGGACUCAGUGUCAGUGUCACAUCUGGCCUGGGCUCCGCCAUCAUUUUGUCGAUUCGCGGGUCCAAUCAAUUUACGUAUUGGUUCACCUAUUUUCUGCUCGUCUUCGUGAUUGUUACAUUGCUGAUCGAAAUCAACUACCUCAACAAGGCUCUGGAGCUGUUUAACACCGCCGCUGUGACGCCCACGUAUUAUGUCCUUUUUACGGCGUCCACCAUAAUUACGUCCGUGAUCCUGUCACAGGGUAUGCAUACCGGUGCUAUCUCCAUUGUCACUAUUGUCUUUGGCUUCUUCACUAUUUGCGCCGGCAUCGCACUUUUGCAGCUCAGCAAGAUGGAUCCUGAAGAGUUGCAGCGCCAAAAGCGUCUCGACAGAAAGUCAUCCAUGCUCAUGAGCGUCAUGGAAAUGGGCCACGAGCUCGAAAAAGAGCACCACAGUGUGACAGAGCUCGAAGAUCCCGGUGUAGACUCGAUUCGUGGUGGCAUGGGCAUCGUCGGCAGUAUUAUUCGCGCCAAUAGUACGCGCAAGGCCUCCCGUCGUUGGCAGCGCUCAUCGCAAGACACAAGUAUGGAGCCAUUGUCGGCGCAGCGCAUCCGCUGUCAUGCUAAUGCGCCAAGAUACCAAUUGUACGACAGGCCCAUGCAACCAACCUCGCUAGAACCGGCCGAUUCGGAGGAUCAACACGUGCGGUUCGUACCGGGCGCUGAGCAGGAACAUGGACACCACGGUUGGAUAGAAAACCCCCAGAUGGACAUGCUUGACGCCAAGCCGCAUAACUCAUCAUCCCAACAUCUUGUGCCUAUUCUUGAAAAUGGAGCUGCAUCCCACCACCGUCAUUCCAGCUUGUCUUUACCGCCUCUGGAUGUGGAUGGCGACGUAGGAGAUCAAAGUGCCGCGCAUUUGCAUGCUGCGCCAUCGUAUGACCCAUCCAGCUUUGGUAUGUUUAUGGACAUGGACCAAGACCUCGAGAAAGAGGCAAAUGAGAAACUCCUCGCCUCGCCCACUGGCAUUGUCGAGCAGUACUACGAAAAUACAACUCCGCAUUCUAUCGGAUCGGGGCGACGAUCGACCACAAGGCACGCAACGCAGCGCGCUGCAUCGAGCUCACGCGAACACAUCAGCUUCGACCUCUUCAAGUCACGAAAACGUUCACACGCAUCUACAAGCCCGCGACACUUUACCGUGCCAGGCAUACGCACAUUGUCCAAGUCAACCUCCCUGAACGCUUCACAGGAUGCGGCAGAGGAAGAACAGGAACGGGAAGAUCUCCUUUCACCCAAUAUAUAG